UAAAAAAAGGCGCAUGUGUGUUUGCGGUUGUGUUGCCAGUUGCGCCGCAUCCAGACGCGCUGCCCGCCGCUGGCUGAUGCCCGCCCCCUCCCCUCCUCCUCUUCCUCCUCAUCCUCAUCAUCAUCAUCCUCCUUGCCAUCUCCGCGUCGCCCCUCAUCUUGGUGCUGUUGUGCGCAAAAAUCUCCCGCGCCGGACGGAGGGGACCCAGGAGGAGCAGCCGCCGGAGCGGACAUGGAUGUUUAACCCGCACGCUGCUCUCCGCACCAACAACACGCUGUUUGCAGAUUUUUCUUUAGAUUUAUUUUGGGGUGUUUGGUUUUUUUUUUUCUUUUUUUGUUGUUUUUUUUUUUAAGGAUGUUGCUUUUGCCCUAGGAAGGGAGAGGAUCUGCUCGAUGUUGCUCUUCAGUUAAUCACGGAACCAAGAUGAGGAUUUCUCCCUGUGGCUGGAUGGUGUGGAUGUUCUCGGGCUUCGCGAUGGGAGCUUUCCCCAGCAGCGUUCAGAUCGGUGGUCUGUUCAUCAGAAACACGGAUCAAGAGUACACGGCCUUCCGCCUGGCCAUCUUCCUGCACAACACGAGCCCCAACGCGUCGGAAGCCCCGUUCAACCUGGUGCCUCAUGUGGACAACAUCGAAACGGCCAACAGCUUCGCCGUCACCAACGCCUUUUGCUCGCAGUAUUCCCGCGGUGUCUUCGCCAUCUUCGGCCUGUACGACAAGCGGUCGGUGCACACGCUGACGUCGUUCUGCAGCGCGCUGCACAUCUCCCUCAUCACGCCCAGCUUCCCCACCGAGGGCGAGAGCCAGUUCGCCCUGCAGCUGCGGCCGUCCAUCCGCCGCGCGCUGCUCUCCCUGCUCGACCACUACGACUGGAAGAAGUUCGUCUUCCUGUACGACACGGACCGAGGGUACGCCAUCCUGCAGGCCAUCAUGGAGAAAGCCGGACUAGACGACUGGCAGGUCAGCGCCAUCUGUGUGGAAAACUUCAACGACGCCAACUACCGGCGCCUGCUGGAGGACCUGGAGCGCCGCGAGGAGAAGAAGUUCGUCAUCGACCUGGAGGCCGAGAGGCUGCAGAACAUGCUGGAGCAGAUUGUGAGUGUCGGGAAACAUGUGAAGGGUUACCACUACAUCAUGGCCAACCUGGGAUUUAAGGACAUCAACCUGGAGCGCUUCAUGCACGGGGGCGCCAACGUCACCGGCUUCCAGCUGGUCAACUUCAGCAACCCCAUGGUCAUCAAGCUGAUGCAGCGCUGGAACAAACUGGACCAGAGGGAGUACCCGGGCUCCGACGCCCCGCCCAAGUACACGUCUGCGCUGACGUAUGACGGCGUGAUGGUGAUGGCCGAGGCCUUCAGGACGCUGCGCAGUCGAAAGGUGGACCUGUCCCGACGGGGGAACGCCGGGGACUGCCUGGCGAACCCCGCCGCUCCCUGGAACCAGGGCAAAGAAAUGGAGCGCACCCUGAAACAGGUCCAGCUGCAGGGACUAACAGGUAAUGUUGAGUUUAACGAGUUUGGUCAGAGGAUCAACUACUCCAUGGACGUGUUUGAGCUGAAGAAUAACGGACCCAGAAGGAUCGGCUACUGGAACGGUGACGACAAACUGGUUCUGGAGGAGGAAACCCAGCAGCUUUCCAACGACACCACAGGCAUGGAUAACCGAACCGUUAUCGUGACGACCAUCAUGGAGGGUCCCUACGUCAUGCUGAAGAAGAACUGGGAGUCGUUCGAGGGCAACGACCAGUACGAGGGUUACUGCGUGGACCUGGCCUCCGAGAUCGCCAAACACAUCGGCAUCAAGUACAAGAUCGCCAUCGUCCCAGACGGGAAGUACGGCGCUAGGGACCCAGAGACCAAGAUCUGGAACGGCAUGGUCGGGGAGCUGGUGUACGGGAAAGCGGAAAUCGCUGUGGCCCCUUUGACUAUCACGCUGGUCCGGGAGGAGGUGAUCGACUUCUCCAAACCGUUCAUGUCGCUCGGCAUCUCCAUCAUGAUCAAGAAGCCGCAGAAGUCCAAACCGGGCGUGUUCUCCUUCCUGGACCCGCUGGCCUACGAGAUCUGGAUGUGCAUCGUGUUUGCCUACAUCGGCGUGAGCGUGGUGCUCUUCCUGGUCAGCCGCUUCAGCCCGUACGAAUGGCACACCGAGGAGCCCGAGGAGGGCACCGACGGUCCGCCAAGCGACCAGCCCCCCAAUGAGUUUGGCAUCUUCAACUCUCUCUGGUUCUCCCUGGGCGCCUUCAUGCAGCAGGGCUGUGACAUCUCCCCCAGGUCGCUGUCCGGCCGGAUCGUGGGCGGAGUCUGGUGGUUCUUCACCCUCAUCAUCAUCUCGUCCUACACGGCCAACCUGGCGGCCUUCCUCACCGUGGAGCGGAUGGUUUCGCCCAUCGAGAGCGCCGAGGAUCUGGCCAAGCAGACCGACAUCGCCUACGGCACGCUGGACUCCGGAUCCACCAAGGAGUUCUUCAGGCGCUCCAAGAUCGCCGUCUAUGAGAAGAUGUGGGGCUACAUGAAGUCGGCCGAGCCCACGGUGUUCACCAAGACCACGGCGGAAGGCGUGGCGCGGGUCCGCAAGUCGAAGGGGAAGUACGCCUUCCUGCUGGAGUCCACCAUGAACGAGUAUACGGAGCAGAGGAAGCCCUGCGACACCAUGAAAGUGGGCGGGAACCUGGACUCCAAGGGUUACGGCGUCGCCACGCCCAAGGGUUCACAGUUAAGAACGCCCGUAAACCUUGCCGUAUUGAAACUGAGUGAAGCAGGAGUCUUAGACAAACUGAAAAACAAAUGGUGGUACGAUAAAGGGGAGUGUGGACCCAAGGACUCUGGAAGUAAGGACAAGUCGUCCCAGGCCCUCAGCCUGAGCAACGUGGCGGGGGUCUUCUACAUCCUCGUCGGGGGCCUGGGUUUGGCAAUGCUGGUGGCCCUCAUCGAAUUCUGCUACAAGUCACGCAACGAGGCCAAAAGAAUGAAGCUGACCUUCACAGAAGCCAUGAGGAACAAGGCUCGGCUGUCCAUCACCGGCAGCGUCGGGGAGAACGGCCGGGUUCUGACGCCCGACUGCCCCAAGGCCGUCCACACCGGGCCGCCCGUCCGCCAGAGCUCCGGCCUGGCCCUCGUCUCCUCCGAGCUUCCUUGAAAACCAAAAACCUCUCAAGUGCCUUAAUGCAACACCAACCGACCGACCGGAACCACCAGGAGGCAGAUUCACCGGGCCGGCGGGUCGCUGCCAGGCCGCGGGGAACGAACCAGAACUUUUUUUUUUUUUUAUUCCAACCGGAGGACAAAAAAUAAUAUCAGAGAAAAAACUGCACACUUGAAACUAGUUGCUGUUUUCUGAGCUGACCGCUCUCGGACAAGAUAUCGACGGGAACAAACGCAGAUAUUUCUAUUCAUAAAAGCGGAAAUUUAAAUCUAUUGAUACUGAAUAUAUGAGCAAAUCUAGAAUACUGUGAAGAUUAGUAAAUAUGUAUAUUCUAAGGAGGAAGUCUAGCUGUACAUCCCCACGGCUGUGCUUGCUUUUUAAACUCGUGUACAUAGCGGACGCUGUAGUGAAGACUCUUUCUUUUCUAAACCAUCUCUGGAGAUUUUAUUCGUCGCAAUAACGACGCGGACGACGACCGAUGAACUUUGUGUUUAUUCUAUUAAUAUAGGAGCAUCCGAACUAAAUGUGAAGGGUAUCCACUGCCCAAAUAUUCUGAUACCUGUUGCAGUAAAGUUUCUGAAGUAUAUUCCAGGAUGAAUGUUACUAGCUCCACCUGUAGGCCCGACCCGUGUAGUCUUUGUCACGGAACCAUCGGUUCUGGAAACACGAUCUGGACCGUCAGCUGAAAUACGCAUGCGCUGAAGAAAUACUUCGGGAUUAUUCUUAAAAUGUUUCUCAACAAAGUGUAACAUAUUCAUUUAUAUGAAUUAAAAUACUAUUUGUUAUAAGAGGAUGUAUUUUCAUAAACAAUGUUAUAAUUAUUUUAAUGAAUAAUUGUCAUAAUUGGCGUGACUGCUGUAGCUUGUAACAUUUUAGCUUAUAUUAGCAGUUUAGCUAAAUGUAGCUAGUGUAUGGGUUUUUUCACACUGUUAUUCUAAGUAAACAUUCUACUGAUAGCCUACAUGCUAUUAUUAGGAUUUCAUCUAGCUUUAGCUUUUCAAUUAAUUUGAGCUUUUAUGUGUUUUUUUCACAUUGCAUGGAAUGAAUGUUGCAGUAGGCCAGUGGUUCCCAAAGAUUUUCUGGGCCCCCCUAUGGAUUACAAUAAAAUCCCCCCCAAAAAGAAAAAAAAUCAACUGGGCGCACACAUCGUUGAACCAGACAUAAACCUAAACACAUAUUUUGUUUCCAAACUCCACUGAAGUUUAUUUCACACUUCAGGUUGCAACAAAACACACUAAAAAUCAUCUUUACAGUGAAACACUUUUGUGUAACUUUUUUCUUUUCAUUCAUCCAUACCAUAUUGUCCGAUAUUUGUAAAAUGACAAACUGCCAUUAUGUCAUUUUACCUUAAUUACUGAUGUGACCUUACAGUUUAGCUUUGAAAGCAUCCAUUUCUAAAAGCCUCUGGGUGUGAUUUUUACAUUCACUGAAAGUUUUCAAUCCUGAAAUUUAUUUCUCUAAUUGGCCUUCUGCAGACUUUUGCUUUCUUCUGCCGAUUCUGCCAAUUUCUUACAUUUCUGCAAGUCUUCUGCAGUUGACUUUAAAUGCUUCUGAAAUUUUCACCAGAACCACUGAGCUUAUAGCCUUCACAUUGUAUUUUCACGGGAAGUGUAAAAUCUUCUAGUUUAGUUCAAAGAUGAGAACAAUCGGACUCACGGGACUGUUAGCUAGUAGCUACUGUCAAUGGUGGACAAACUAGGCCUUUAUUUUUACAAUAAUCAAAUCUUUUAUGAGAUUUAUUAUUCAUUAUCUAGAAAAUAGCUCCUCUUAUAAGUAUAUGAAUAUAAACAACUAUAUUACACUUUGUCGAUGUACUUUUUAGGAAUAAUCUGGAGGUAUUUCUUCAGCGCAUGCGUGGUCGAGCCGUUGGUCCGGAUCGUGGUUCUGGAACAGCCGGUGCCGUGACAGUCCUCACUGUGCAGACGUAGAUCCAGAGAGCGGCUCUAGGAACCAACUUCCUGCUCUCUGAUUAUUUAGUUUUUUCCAUUCUUUAAUCUAUUUUUUUAUGCUGAGAACUAAAAAAAAAAAAAAAAGACUUGAGUCAGUACUAUCAGGGUAGUACUUUACCGCCAUCAAUGGAACGACGCCAUCUCUCCCACUAUGUUGUGUGUUGAACUGGGAUUAGGGCCAGUCCUAGCUGAAUCACUGUGGAUCCUCUGGGAGGCUCAACAUGCUGUAGAAGAGACGUCCAGCUGGACGGUCUGCGAGAGGACACGAGACGCCCAGAGGCGCUGUUAGACGUUUCAUCAUCCGGCCCGUCCUCAUACAUGUUUACGAAAAGGGAAGAAACCAGCUGCACCGGUCCAGGUCUGCAUUCCUGUCCUGCCAUCCGUCUCUAGACCGGACGUGUCACAUGGGCGUCUUUUGAUUUAAUUGUACGUCUUUAUUUUGAUCUUUUUUAAGUAAAGGAAAAAAUAAUUUCAGA